AUGGUCACUGAUUUCGUUGAAGUCCUCGUUAGCGAUCUUCGCCGUCAGGAGCAUAAGGCCAGCUUGGAGACAUGCGGCUUCGAGAUACGUGGGUUGCGCUCAACUAUGGCCUACGAAGAUUUCGGGGGUCAAGAGCGCGUCGAUGCAGUAUACGUGGAAGAUGUCAAGACACAACUUCGGGAAGACUUUGGGGCCUCGCACAUUGACAUUAUGCGCGUGAGGGUACGAAGACGCCAUCCGCACUUUCCUUUGUCCAUCGGGACAUCGUUCGAGCAUCAUCAGCCGUCCACCGCGGCUCAUAUUGAUACCACAAUGGAUAGUGCCAAGGCCAUGGUGAAAGAUCUUCUGCUACAUACUGGGCAAAGUUGUCGGCAGGGAUACUUUCAGAUCUUAAACGUGUGGAAACCAUUGCGUGGGCCUCUCGAGGACUGGCCGCUUGCAGUCUGCGACCAGCAGACUGUGGACACCACCACGGAUCUUGCCCAGUCAACAAUACUCCACCAGGACUACGCGAACCACAACUGCCAAGUCCAUUACAACAAGAACCAGCGGUGGUUCUAUCUCAGUCGGCAACAGCCGGAUGAAAUCAUGAUAUUCCGGCAGUUUGAUAGUCGACGGCCUGGAAAUAAUGGCACGCCGCAUUCCUCUUUCGCAGAUCCUUCGACCCCCGCUCAAGCCACACCUCGUGAGAGUGUCGAAGUCAUGGCCGUGCUGCAUUUUCAGCCAAAAAUCUGA